AUGACAAAAAGCGAACAAAAAAUUUGUUCGAAUCUUUUAGCUAAAGCCAUUUACACUGGAGUUCAAGUUGAAGUGAACAAAAAAAUUGAGAAUGCUUCAUCGCUAACAAUCCAAUCUGAUUCGUAUUCAACUACUACAAACGAAGGCAUUAUCAAUUUUAUCGUCAACACACCAGAUCCUGUGCUUUACAAGCACAUUGACACUAAAGAUGCUUCGCAAACAGGCGAGUAUUUCUGUGAUGCAUUGUCUUCUGUCAUUGACGAAGUUGGCGCAGAAAAAACGCUCGCUGCUAUUACAGAUAACGCGUCUUAUUGCAGAAGAGCAUGGAAGUUACUAGAAUUAAGAUAUGCAUUAGAGCAAAUUUUUGGCUAUGGAUGUUUCGCUCACAUCUUGAAUUUAUUUUGUCAAGACACUAUCCAGACACCAUCUGCAAAAUCAAUAUUAGACGAAGCAGUGCUGAUUGUAAAAUCAACCAAACAUUCGCACAUAUUAGGAGCAGCUUUAAAAGACAUUCAGAACUCUUCAAAUGGAGAAGAAGGAGCAAGGAGAGUGACAAAAACUCUGAAAUUACCUGGAAAAACUAGAUGGGGUUCAUCUCUAGAAUGUCUUGAGAGCGUCAAUGAUAAUUGUUUCAAUUUGAAACAAUUAGCCAUUUCUAAUUGUAAGUACAGCGACCGAUUAAGUAGAGAAGUGACAGAUUUGAUCCUUUAUGACAUAUUUUGGCAAAAGGUUACCAAGUUAAUCGCCUUGCUUAAACCAAUAGUUACUUGGUUGAAAAAAAUUGAAGGUGAUCAAUCAAUGUUUUACGAAGUAGUAAAUGUGUUCGAGGAUCUCGAAAGCGUCUUGAAUAAAGAGCUAUUCGAUACAUCACUUUCAAUUUUCAACUAUGAUGAAGCACAAAAAUUGUCGGAUUGUUUGCAAUCUCGUGCUACAAUGGUGUUAACUCCACUCCACUAUGCAGCGAAUAUUUUAAAUCCAUUAUCAAGAGGGAAACACUUAACCCGUUAA